UUCUGACUAGUUAAUGCAUCAAAAAGAAAACUCUUUUCUUUGUUUCUCCUCACAGGCGAACAUUCCUUGGAAUAUCAUACAGGAGAAAGCCCCCAUUCUCCUCCGAUUCCGAUUUGCUCUAGGAAUUUCAUCUGAGCAACAAGGUACGUACGUAGAAUAAUCCCACUUUUUCAUCUCUUCCGUUUCUGCUUUUUACAUUACCCCGAUUUCCAAUGUUCACCACUCAUCGCCAUAGAUCCAUUCUCUAUCUCAAAGCCUUAACUUUUCCCCCAACCUCAAACCCUAACCCUAUUUUCCACCAUUUCUGCACCACCUCUUCCAAUUCAACCCCAUUUACAGUCUCCUACCUCAUCCACAAUCUCGGCUUCUCCCCACAACUUGCUUCCAAACUUUCCUCCACAUACAGUCUCCGUUUCAAAACCAACCAAAACCCUGAUUUAGUUCUCAACUUCUUUAGAACCCAUGGUUUAUCUGAUUCCCAACUACGCCACAUGAUUGCCAAGGCACCAUGGCUACUUUCCUGUGACCCUUUCAAAAGGGUCUUACCAAAGUUUCAAUUUUUUCUCUCUAAAGGCGCUUCUACCUCUGACAUUGUUAACCUUGUCACUAAGUGCCCUGCGAUUCUCUCUCCAAGCCUGAAGAAUCAUAUAGUCCCAACCUAUGAAUUUCUCAGUAGAUUCUUGCAAUCUCACAAGGACAUUGUUGCUUAUGCAAUUCAAAAUCAUGUUUUAUUUAGUCGCCAUAACGUGUCACGUAACGUUAGAAUGUUGAUUGAGAGUGGAGUUCCGGAGUCGAGCAUUUCUAGAUUGCUUCGGAUGAAUAGCAAGGUACUCAACAGCACAAAAGGUCUUCUGAAGCUCGUGGAGGAAGUAAAGGAUUUGGGGUUUAAUCCUUCGCAUUCACAUUUCUCAAUAGCUUUGCAUGCCAAAAGAACAGUAUUGGAAGCCAGUUGGAAAGAGAAAGUUGAUGCCUUUAAGAAAUGGGGUUGGUCAGAUGAAGAUGUUCUAGAAGCAUUUCGAAGGCAUCCUCAUUGUAUGUUAGCAUCUGUUGAUAAAAUUAACUUAAUAAUGAACUUUUGGGUCAAUCAGUUGGGUUGGGAUGCUAUGGCCAUUGCUAAUGUACCAAGGAUUUUGGGGGCCAGUAUGGAGAGAAAGAUCAUACCAAGGUCCUCAGUUCUGCAAUAUCUUCUGAAGAAUGGUUUGCUAAAAGAGAAAGCAAGUUUAACUUCUCCAUUUCUAGUCGGCGAUGAGACGUUCAUUGAAAAAUAUAUAAAGCCUUUUAAGGAGGACUCUUCUUAUCUCUUAAAGCUUUAUGAAGAAAAACUGAAUCUUGCACACGACAAGGACAACAAAGAUGGCAUGAUAUGAACAAACUUACAGCUUGUGCCUAAAGAGUUUUGUUAAUGCACUGUAAAUCCAAACCGUCGCGGUAUAGAGGAUCUCUCUCUUCGAUCAACAUAUAAUCACAAAGCAGUAAUACAAAAGCACGGUGAGGUGAAGGACCGACAAGAAGGUGCAGGGUUGACAAAUAUUUACUUCUGCACUGAUCUAUCAUCUCAAGACAGACUUAGAGUAAGGAUUAUUACUCCAUAAAUUUUCUAACGAUGAGGAUGUUUAAAGAUGUAAAACCAAUGUGAGAAAAAUAUGAUGUGGGUGAAUUGUUUGAGUAAGGUAUGUAAUAUGAAGAGCAUAUCAAUAAAUCAUAUCAUAUCACAAAUAUCAUGUCUUAUGUCUAA